AUGGCUGCAGCGGCGGCGGCGGCGGCAGAAGCUCCUGCUCGGCUCGACGGAAGAUUCUGGUUGGAGGGAACACCGUACCUGGCCGAGGAGAACGUCGGAGCUGGAGCUUAUGGAGUUGUCUGUAAGGCCCUGGAUACGGUAGGUCUUUUGUUGCAGUUAUUGGCCUAUUUUUCAAUUUUAGCGCAUCAAAAAGCAAGUGGCGAUCAAAAAGAUACCGCGAGCGUUCACGGCUCACACCCUGGCCAAACGGUCCCUUCGAGAAGUUCGAAUCCUUCGGGAACUGCUCCACGAGAACAUUAUCGCCGUUUGGACAUGUUCACCGCGGAAGGAUCGCACGGAAAAGACAUUUAUCUGGUGAUGGACCUCAUGGAAACGGAUCUUCAUCAGAUUUUGCACUCGCGACAAACGCUACUCGAACAACACUUUCAAUACUUUUUCUACCAGUUGCUCAGAGGUUUGAAGGUAAAAGCGAAAAACAAAACGGUCUCAGUUUCACGUGAACCAUAAUCCACACUAUACUUCAGAGUGGUGCAUGGAAACUUUCCUCCUAGACUUUUACUGACAGCGGGCGAAUGGACGGGGAGCGCACGCGCUAACCGCUCGGCCACACAUGUCGGAGAGAAGAGAGGGGCGAAGGGGUAGACAUUAGCGGGGGGAGACGAGGAGGCACGCGAGGGCAAAUGCGAUUAUUUCGGUUUUUGCAGUACCUCCACUCGGCGGGCAUCAUUCACCGCGAUCUGAAACCCUCGAAUCUUCUACUCAAUGGCGAUUGUCUUCUGCGAAUUGCGGAUUUUGGAAUGGCGAGGGCGUGCGCCGCAGCCAGUACAGUUCGGGACGAUGCGAGUGUCGGAGGACACAUGACGGUGAGGCUUUUUUUUUGAAAAAAGUCAAAUGAGCUCUCGUGCUGCGGAUGCCGCGAAAUUUGAAUUUUACUGCAAAAAAUUCAGAUCAAAACGUUUUCCAAUGAGUUUUUUAGCGAAUUUUCACAAAAAUAUGAAAAACACGUGUUUCCGACUAAUUUUUGAAUUUAUGACCUGAAAUUUGUUGAAAACGAAAGACGAGUUGCAAUUUGUGCGAUAGAGCGCGAUUUAUUACAAUAUUUCCAGCAAUACGUGUCAACACGCUGGUAUCGAGCCCCGGAAAUACUUUUCUCGAUGGUCGAAUAUGAUACGAAGUGAGUUACUUUCCUCUCUGCUCCCUUAAAAAUAAAAUCGUUGCUUAGAGUGGACCUCUGGUCGGCCGGCUGCAUUUUCGCAGAAAUGCUGCUCCGACGGCAGCUCUUUCCGGGCAAAGACUCGGUUUCGCAAAUAAAAAUGAUCGUGUACUACCUGGGCAGUCCGGAAGAAGAGGUUCUCAGCAAGAUCACGUCGCAAGUGGUCCGCGAAUCGAUCGAUGCGUGCGGCCGCAAGACACCCCUCCCCAUGUCGGCAGUCUUUCCGAAAGCAAGUCCCGAGGCCAGGGACAUGGUCUCUUAUGUGAGUUUUUUAGGAAUUAGUUUAUAAAUGAAUGCGUCCUUCAGCUGUUACAAGUGUCUCCGUGGCGGCGGUACUCGGCCGAUCAGAUUCUGCAGCAUCCGUUCAUGGCCAGAUACCACAAUGAGCAGUACGAGCCGCUGUGCCCGCCGAGGUAUGUUUAAGCUCUAAAGACCCAAUGCUCAAACUUUUUCAUUUCAGAGUGCAAGUGGACGUCGACGCGAUCGAGCAGUUCGAAGGCGCGCAAGUGAUCGCCGGACUCGACGAAGAGGCGCGGAUCUUCGAGAUGAAACGUGGCACCAACUACGAGACGAGGUUGGCUCAGAGGGACGCCUCGGCCACGGCCCUCCGCAAAUGGGCUCCCGACAACCUGGGAGGACAAUAAUUUCUGUUUUUGUUUUGUCAUCGUUGUCGCGACGUGCUUUCUGAGUUUGUUCACUUCUAACUGCGUCCAACUCGCUAACAAAAAUGAAGUCUCGUCUUCUACUUCAGCUAAUCUUCAUGUUUGUGCUCAAAUGUGUGCCGCCAACACAUAAAAAGUCAAUUGCAGAAAAGAUCCGCCGCCGUACCUCGACGAGCACUCCAAUCAGACAUUCGAGCCCGACAAGGAGGGUCAGAUGGGUCCGCGCGAGGAUCCGACCGAUUAUCUCGGAGUGGCGAGACAAUUCGAGAAGAGUGAGGGCACUGGAGCACAUUUGAGCAGUAAUUUAUGUUUUUAGCAAGAGAAAGACAAGAUCAUGACGAUAAUUAUGAUUCGGAAGGAACGCUGACGAGCCUCUCUUCCGCCGAAACCAUAGACACUAUCAGGGAGGUCGAAAUGGACAGAAGGUGAGAAAUGGAAUUAUGAAGAGCUUGAAACUCGUUAUUUUGCCCCGUUACAGUAUGGAAAUCGAAAUCGCUUCGGAAGAUUUAGACGUUCCAAGUACAUCCGAAGACCGUGAGGACAUCUUCAAAAAUGGAAUACAAUGGCCGUUGGACGUGGCCAGCACCUCCAGUGCACCGCCCAUGUAAGUACUUGAAGCCGUCCUACUGAUGUUGUGCAUCUUUUUCAUCUUUUUCAGGUUAUCCGGUGGAAUCCCUUCUAAAAAGCCCAGAAACCAUUUGGAAAAGCGAAAUAUCGAUCGGAUCCGAGAGGGUUACAGUGAGAAACGAAGGUUCUUUCCGAAACUCAGAGACAAAAGGGCGAAUGUGAGUGAAAAUGGGCACAUUUGGAAACGAUAAUAUAACACAAUUUCAGAGUGACAGUUCCGCAAAGUUGGACGAGAACGAUCGGAUAAUUCGUCUGCGCAAAUCGCGGCAAGAGCUCAGGAAGACUAGUAAAGACGACGAUCGAGGAGUGUGA